GAGCCUGCUGGACGCUCAUUGGCUCUUUUUACUGCCACUUGUACCCUGUGUACCUCUGUAGGUAACAGCGCGUCUUCCUAUGGAGAGGAUUUUGUUUGGUGGCAACUAACCCGCGCGGGGUUAGUGUGUUCACUUAUACCAUUGUUUUUAUACUAAGUGUUGCUAUCUGAGUUCAUUAUGUGCUCUUUCUCGCGCGGGGCUAAGUCAUAAUGUGACGUAAGCUGCGCGAGGCUGUUAUUAUCAAGUUGUUAUGCUAAGGAGUAUGGUCUCACGUGCAACCUGUUAUGAGGUUUGCGCGACUUUUUGGGACCAUACCCCUUCAAGUCCCCCCAGUCCAGUGCUGCACCAUGCGCAACGCAAGUGGUUGGAGCUCUGGACUUGAUAAAAAUAAGAGAAGGGGAAGUUGUCCUUUUAAUCGCGCGAGGUGUUAGCAGUUUACGUAUAUCUGGCGCGACUCUUGUGACUUCUGCAUGAAGUUACUUGCACGUUUUAUGGCGGGAAACUUCGAAAUUUGAACCUCUGACAGGUUGGUGAGAUAAGUCGCUGAGAGCGACGCUUGAGUUGACCCCUGGCACGGAUGUCAUCAUGCCGCCUGCGGCGGUUGCACUUCAUGUCAGGAGAGUGGAUGCCACGCGCGCGUGGUAACCGUCGUCCCUGCUUUUCCGCUUGACGUGGCAACCUCUCGUUGGUUGCCCCUGCGGCGAGUGCGGCACGGUUACCCAUCGCAUUAAAUGCGAUGGGUAUAUAUAUCCGAAGAGAAAGGUGAGAGAUUCACUUUCUCUUCGUUUCUUCUCCCUUUUUCUCUUUGAGUCUUCAUAUUGUUCUUCAUCUUCUUCAAACUUUCUUCAAAUCUUCAAACUUUCUUCAAGUUUUUUCCAGCUUUUUCUUGAAACAUGAGCGAAGAACAUCAAGAAGCUCCUGCUAGUGAGGAGGGGCCAGUCCCAGUCCUGAGAUGGGACUUAGGUUUAUUCGAACAGAUCGUUCGAAGUUUUAGGUUUCCACCGGAGUGGGAUGCCCGGUACCCUGCUCAGGGUCAGACCGCGGCUGAUGCCCCACCCGGUUACAUUACUUUGUUCGAAGACUUCUUCCUUCAAGGAAACUUCCGGCUGCCGGCGACUAACUUCUUUGGUAGCAUAUUGUCCUACUACAAGUUUCAUAUCUCACAGUUAAGCCCACCUGGGAUGGUGAGGGUGAGGCACUUUGAGUUCUUGUGUCAAUCCCACGGCAUUGAGCCGACGGUGAAUAAGUUUCGUGUCUUCUAUCAACUGCAAAGAACAAUGGGGUUCUUUUCUUUUGCUAGCCGUGGUACGGCUAAGAAGAUUUUGUUGAAUCCUCCCAAGAGUUUCCAUGACUGGAAACCCAAGUUCUUCUUCAUCCGGGAGGAAGUCUUGCCAAUAGCUAUGCCGUUUAGGGAAUGGACCGAGGUUAUACCAAAGGAGGACCUUCCUAUACCGAAGUCUGCUCAGUGGUAUCAGCGGCUUACCGCAACCCCUAACCGGGUAUUUGGGGAGAAUGUUCUGGUUGCUGCCAAGAUGAGUGACCAGUGGUCACCUAGUAGCAGGGAACUCCCGGUCUUGAAGAUCGGGGAUCAAGAGACGCAACUCUAUCAGGCUGCCUUCCCAGCCUUUGGUGGCUCCAUGGGCGUUCGCCCUCUGCGCGAUGAUGAGGAAGGCUGGUAUGACCAGAUAAAGGGGAACUUCAUGUUUCCUGCUGCUGACGCCUUCGCCUCGCCGCCGGAUGCAACUGAAGGUGUGUUGCGCGAUCUGGGGGUUGACCCAGAGGAGAAGAAGAAGAAACCUUCGAAGAAGAAAAAGAAGGCGGAUGUUGAAGUGACCAGCAAGGGUCCUGGCGCCAGUCGCGCAACUACUGCUGCUGUCAAAGCUAUGGGAAAGACUGGCGCUGGUGGGUCAAAGGGCUCUGGGAGCGCGGGUUCUCGUAACCCGGAUGCUGACGCAACUCCAUCUCAACCUGAGGAUGAAGAAGAAGAGGAAGAAGAGACUGCCCCGUUGAUUGGAAGAAAGAGGGGUAGAAGCGAGGCGACAACUGGUAUGGCCUCUGCGCCUGUUUCAGUUGUUAUUCCCGUUGUUGGGAAGAAGAGCAAGUUGCGCUCGUUAUACCAGUUUUCUCCUGAGAUCAAGAAGAAGACCCCUGAAAAGGGGGUUAAGUUUGUUGAACCCAGCACGAAAAGACCUAAGGUUGCCACUGAACCUUCCGAUUCUGCUGCGCGUGAUGCUGCGAAAACUGCUGAAGCGCAGCGAAAGGCAGAAGAGGAUCGGAGGAAAGAAGAGAGUAGGAUUGCUGCGCAGAAGAAGGCUGAAGAGUUAAAGCGCAAAGAAGAGGAAGAGAAAAAGAGGAAGGAGGAGGAGGAGAGAAAGCUGGAGGCGGAGAGGAAGAGGAAAGCGGAAGAGGAGAGAAAGCUGAGGGAGGAGGCGGAUAGGCAGAGGAAGGCGGAAGAGGCGAGGAAAGAAAGAGCUGCCGAUCAGUCUUCUGUUCAAGGGCAGUCUGGUGUCCCAAAACCUCCCCCUGCUGCGCCGAUUGUUACUUCUAAGGGGUUAGGGCGCUAUGUGUCUAGUGGUGCAAGCUCUGGAGGAGCUGGGGGCUAUAACCCCAAUGUGAUAGGUGCGAAGGAUACCGUCGGGGAUAUAUAUUAUAAAACUUAUACUGAAGAGGAACGUGGUGAUGCUCCUCAUCAAGCCCCUUGGAGCUUAAGGCAGAAGGAUACGUUUGUUGAAUUUGGCGAAGCCGCAUGA